GUAAAACCACCUAAAUCCGGACCUGAAAUGGUUUCAAUCCCGGAGUCACGUCGUCGUCCGCCCCAUCCAUCUUUUCUCCGCAGCGUUGCCCCGCGGACCAACUCCGGCGAUAGGUUGCUGCGACACUGGGGAGGGGCUCCGGAGGACGGACAAGUUUUCAGGUUUUUCAUUGUUGGAAGAGAUGGGCGAUGAAUCUUUUAUGGGCAGUGUAUUAGACGAGAAACUGGACAAUUAUGAAUCUGUCAGUGGGAAUAACAUAGCAAAUGUGGAGGAUGAUAAGACUCCUGUCGUUGGGAUGAAAUUUAAGUCUUAUGAGGAAGCUCUGGAUUUCUACAGGCAAUAUGCACGGCUAAUGGGAUUUAGUGCACGCUUAAAAAGAACAAAUUAUAACAAGUUCGGUCAGUACCAAUCUGUGGAAUUUAUCUGUUCUAGAGGAGGCAAGGGACGAACUGAUGAUCCUAGCUACUUGUGUAGGCCUACAGCUAAAACAAAUUGUCCAGCUACAAUCCUGUUUAAGUUGCGGGCUGAUGGUUUGUUACAUGUAAAGAAAGCUAUUCUGGAACACAACCAUCCGAUGGAUCCAUUGAAGGUUGAGUUGAAGAAGCGCAGGAAAAAACUUCCUUAUUCUUCGCCAAGACAUGAUGAGAACAAUGGGAAGAUCCCGAUAAGAAGACUCAAGAGGUUCCAAUCACCCUCUCUCAAGCUAGUUGAAGAUGUGUCUUUUGGUGAUAAAAACCUAAGAAACUCUGGUGAAAGAGGGCAUUUGAUGCUUCAUGAUGGUGAUGCUUCUGCCAUUUACCAAUUUUUUACAGACAUGCAGAAGAGAUUUGCAAACUUCUUCUAUUCCAUGGAUUUGGAUGAGGAAGGACGAUUAAGGAAUGUGUUUUGGGCUGAUGCUGUAUCAAGGGCAACAUACAGGUUUUUUGGGGAUGUGGUUUUGCUUGAUACAUCCUACUUAACAUGCAAAUUUGAUAUUCCUCUUGUUCUAUUUCUUGGUGUUAACAAUCAUGGCCAGUUAGUUUUGCUUGGAUGUGGCUUGGUGUCAGAUGAGACAUUUGAGACCUACUUUUGGUUAUUUAAGGCAUGGUUGGCAUGCAUGUCAAGACAACCAGAUUCAUUUAUAUCCGACCAGUGUGUAGCUAUUAAGGAGGCAAUGGCAAAGGCUUUUCCAGGAGUUCAUCAUCGUCUUUGUCUUUGGCAAGUGAUGAAAAGGCUUCCAAUGCACUUUAGAGACCAAGAAAAUUGCACUUCCAUAAAGAAGGCACUAGAGAAGAUAGUCCAUGACUCAUACACCACUGAUGAGUUGGAAAAGGAUUGGAAAAGAAUGAUUGAAGACUUUGGGCUUGAAGCCAAUGAAUGGCUGAAUUGGUUGUAUGAGAAUAGACAUUCUUGGAUACCUAGCUAUCUGAAAGGCACAUUUUGGGCAGGCUUGACUUGUAGUGAACGCAACGCAUGCUUGAGUUCAUUUUUUGAUGGAUUUGUGUAUCCUGAAACUUCCUUAAAGCAAUUUUUAAGCAUUUAUGAGGUCGCUUUACAGAGCAAAUAUGAGAAGGAAGCUCAAGCUGAAUUGGAGUCAUUUAACAAAAACCCAAAUCUCGUGUCUAAAUUUUACAUGGAGAGGCAACUUGUCGAUCUUUAUACUUACAACAAAUUCAAACAGUUUCAAGAUGAGCUGAAGGCUACAAUAUAUUGUAAUGUUUCAUUGAUCAGUGAAGAUGGCCCAACUUCAACUUAUGGGAUCAAGGAAUCUCUUCUCUUGGAGGACAGUAACCCCACAGAUUACAGAGAUUUUAAAGUUAUUUACAAAACACAUGAGCUUGAGGUCCAAUGUUGUUGUGGUUCUUUCCAAACCAGUGGCAUUCUGUGUAGGCAUGCUUUAUCUGUGCUUAAGUUACAUCAGAUAUAUGAGAUUCCGCCUCAUUACAUAAUUGACCGCUGGAAAAAGUACAUAAGGACAUUGCAUCCAGUGUCUUGUCCGAGCGAUGGGUUGGUUGGAAAUAAUCGAUGGGAGCGCUAUGACAAUUUGGCUAGAUGUUGCCUUCAACUUUUAGAUAAUGGUGUGGUAUCCAGUGGCAAAUACCAUCUGUCUCUGAAGUUGCUAAAGGAGGUUGACAAGUUUCUAUCGAAUGAUAAUAAUCUUGGAAACAUAGAUGUUAAGAUUGUUCCCACUGAAACAAGGACAAUCGAUGAAACUGAAGAGGUACAAGUAGCAACUUCGAGGGCUGGCAAUGUGCAGAUUUUGUCGCAAAUGAAACGGAGAGGUCGGCCUCCCAAAAGAAAGGAUGAUCAAGAAACCCUACCUUCUCGAGAUCAUAGUGGGAUGAAUCUUUCCUUUCCUUCUGUUUCGAAUGCUGGGGCAGAUAUUGAUGUACAAGAAAGCUUGACUGCGUUGGCAGAGGUGAGCCCAAGUGAUUUUUCACUUGGCUGUCAUUAUGGGCCACCACUGAACCACACACAUCAAAGCAAUGAUCAAUCGAGGAUACCAUUGGGUGGAAUGUUCCAGGGUCAAUUUGAUCACCAAGCUGUUGAAGGGCAACCAAGAGCUCAGUGGAUCUAUCAGCAAAUGCUGCAGGAGACUCAGACACCAAAUGCACCUGGAUGGACUGGCUAGAAGGUGCAACAUGCCAACACUAAAUUCUACACAAGUUAUGAAGUUGCCCAACACGAUUGUUCCCACUCCAAAAACUGCUGGAAGUUAAUCGCACGAUAUUUGAAUCAACCAUCAAAUAGUGUAAUAGAUUUUAUCGGUGUUACAACAACCUUUCUAGAUACUCAUUCUGUUGUUGGAGCACUCUCUUUUCUACAUUUCAUAUGGAUAAAGAAGGGCUAUUUGGGAGCAAGGCGUCCACUAAAUCAGUUCGACAUUUCAGAAUAAGAAGAAUAGAAGUUGAAAUAUCUGGUCAAGGCGUUAGCACUUGGUGUGAUGCUAAGAACAAGGCUGUGAUUGUGACAAUAAGUCUCACUGUAAAAUUUGGCACCCGAACAGGACCUAUGGAAAUGGAGUGCACUAUCUUAAAGAAUCUUUGUUUAUAUCAUUUAGUAGCUAGAACAAAAAAUACAAAGUGGGUGUGUAUCUGUUUCUGAACUUCUUUAUUGUGUUGUUUAGCCAACCCGGUUUUUCGGUUAAUGGCAUACUCUGUAUGUAUUGAACUUGUAUUGUUUUGGAAUUGAUGAGUACAUCGAAACCCUUAUUCAA